AUGCGGCCGGGAGGCGCGCUGCUCGCCCUACUCGCCAGCCUCCUGCUGCUGCUGCUGCUGCGCCUGCUCUGGUGCUCGACCGACACGCCCGCCCGCCCCAGGUUCUUCGUGGAGGAAAGCAGGGAGGCCAUCCACGGCACCCGCGCCGCGCCGAGGACGCCCGGGAGCCCGCCGACCCGGCCCCCGCGCACCACGAACAGCACAUAUCUGAACGAGAAGUUCCUCCCACCGACAGAGAGAUGCCAAAAUCUUCAAGCCGGCUUGGAGACUUUAUCUAACAAGACGAGAAAGUAUUCAGAGGAUGACUAUCUUCAGGUCGUCACUAGUAUCCAGAGCUGUCCAUGGAAGCGACAAGCAGAAGAGCAUGAGAAGUUUAGAGUGGAACUUGCUUCGUGUUGUGAUGCCGUUCAAAACUUCAUUGUUUCUCAAAAUAACACUCCCGUCGGGACUAACGUGAGUUACGAGGUGGAAAGUAAAAGCAAAAUCCAAAUCAGAGAGAACAUUUUUGAUAUGUUGCCAGUGACUCAGCCUUUUGUGGGGUACCCUUACAAUCAGUGUGCGGUGGUUGGAAAUGGGGGGAUUCUGAAUCAGUCUCUCUGCGGAGCCGAAAUCGAUAAAUCUGACUUUGUUUUUAGGUGUAACCUCCCCCCAACCACAGGAAAUGUUACCAAUGAUGUUGGCACUAAAACCAACCUGGUGACUCUAAAUCCCAGUAUCAUAAGACUAAGAUAUGGGAACUUAAAGGAAAAGAAAACAAUAUUUCUGGAGGACGUUGCAACCUAUGGAGAUGCAUUCGUCCUUCUGCCAGCAUUUUCCUUCAGGGCCAACACGGCGGCCUCUUUUAAGGUGUACUACACACUGAAGGAGUCUAAAGCAAGACAAAGAGCCUUAUUUUUCCACCCCAAGUACCUGAAAAACCUUGCCCUCUUCUGGAGGACUAAGGGUGUGACCGAGUAUCGCCUGUCCUCCGGCUUGAUGAUCACAAGCGUGGCAGUUGAACUGUGCGAGAACGUGAAACUCUAUGGAUUCUGGCCCUUCUCUAAAACUGGAGAGAACACACCUGUCAGCCAUCACUACUACGACAACAGGUUACCUAAGCGCGGUUUCCAUGAGAUGCCCAAGGAGUACAGACAAAUUCUCCAGCUUCACGUGAAAGGAAUCCUCAGAUUACAAUUUAGCAGAUGUGAAAUAGCCUAA